AUGACGAGCCAGCUCUCUCCACCGCGCAUCCUCCUCCUCGCCGUACACUUGGCCACCAGAUCCGAUGUCGACGGCUUGACUGCGCUCGCAGCCAAACACACCAAAGUCCUGCGAGAAGACCUCCUCCUCCGCAUUCUUCUCACCUGCCUGCCCGAGACCCUCAGGUCAGCCGAUUAUGUCGGCCUCAUCGAGCGUAUCGAGUCUGGCAGUCUGGACGUUGACAGCGAACGGCUCCGAGAAGUCGACUGUUCCUCCGUACAAGAUAUAACCGACGACGAGGCUGCAAAGAAAGUCCGCCGCCUGCGCCUGCUGCCACUAGCAUGGGAGCACGCCCCGCAAGACGCCCUGCAAGAUCCCCUGUCUCUCUUUCUUAUACGGCGCGCCCAUCGCGUCGACGAAGAGGCUGGGCUGCUUACCCAGCUGCCCGAACUGAUUGUCCCCUUCCUCGAUCACGUGCCCUGUAUCCGGACAUGGAUGAUCUCGGCCCUCCUCCCCUUGCUGCGCCGGAACCACGAAUAUUACCCACACGACCCCCUGACUCAGACCCUCUCCGCCUUUGAACGACUGGACCACCCCACUGCUGUCGCCCUGCUGCUCUCCCAGACUGGUGCUCGCGAAGAAGACUUGCCACAUAUUGGGAGAGACUUGCGUGGCCUGAUAGGCCCGUGGCUGUAUAACGAUGCGAGAUGGGCCCAGGAACGUGGGAAGGAUCCUCCGUCCGAGAAUAUCUGUCCGGCAUGGGAAGAGGUCCUUGAGUGGCUCACUUCCCAGGCCUCGAGGUCGUGGAAGGUUGCCGUCAAGGCCUUUGAUCAGUGGGACGGCCCAGCCGACAUUGACCUGGGCGGCUAUGGCUCCAUGUGGCUUGACGACGAACAACAGGGACUUCUCGAGCAAAGGUACGCCCGCGCCGCGCUGGCCUCGGCAUAUCUAAUCCCAGAAGCAUCCAUCGACGCUCUGUCUGGCGUCAAUAGCAUCAUUACAAAAAUCAUGGCUCUGAUGGAUCAGGACCCGUGUCCCACCUUGCAAGUCGCCUCGUCUCUGCUCCCACCCUUCGCCGACGUAGAGAGCGAGCACAUCCUCUCAACCAAGAAUGCUACUUACAUGCGGAAUGACCUGCUCAACGAAUCCAACCCUCUGACUACACCUAAGAAAUCCUCCACUCAGCUUCUACACGUUCUAACGCUCAGUGCCUUCAUCCUGACGAAAGCUGGCGCCCCCUGUAGUGUGCGAAGGGCGGGAGAGCUGGCUUUCCUGCAAGAUGAACGGGAACAGAUAGCAGAGGCUGUCAGAUUCAUCCAUUCGCUGAGCAACAACGGUCCGAAGAAUGAUGACAAGUACUGGAUAAGCGCCCGGAAUGAGCUGCUGUGGUUGCGAGACUGGGGUGCCGAGGAAGCUUCCGGCUCGUCGCAUUUUCGCAUACGAGGAGUCUUUGGUCAACUGCGGAGAGACUUCCUGGAGACUGAGUGUCUGAAAGCCUUUAUCUCUAAUACUCGCUAUUCACUGGCAAGGUCUAUAUAUGAAGACUCGCCCGAGUGUCCUCUCAGCGACCAGAUACUGCGCGACACCAUCAUUGCAGCAUCCAUGAACGCAUAUGAUAACGCUUCUAAUCUUCAUCGUGGGCGCGGUGGUCUGUUGAAAUGUAACGACAUUCUCCAAGCAUUUCCCAAGACGUUAGGGGAAAAGCAUCCAGAGCCGAGGCGCAUCGAAGCCUUGCUCAGGGCCAGCCAUGCCUUGAGCGAGUAUCGUCUCGUGCUGAAGAAAGGGGAGCCCUUCACGCCUGUGGUUCUACGGGUGCACACAGACCCCGUCUCGAUUGUUGGAAAAGUUCUUGAGCAAAACCCAAAGAGUUAUACUCGUGUCCAGGACUUCCUGGAGAUCGGAUCCAACAUGGUGGAUGCUGGACUACUAGCCAGUGACCAGCCUGGCAAGUCAAGCACCGCUUCGAAUGAGACUUCUGUGCAACAUGACAUCGUCAAGAGGCGCAUCAUGGCCAUGUGCGUGGACGCUGCCCUCACCGAGGAUGACUUUGAGACGGCAUAUUCUUAUGUCGUAAACCGUCUCGCCUCAAUCGCUGGCCCCGUCACCUCGACGACUGCUCCAGCUGUUGCUGAUGACUACUCCUGGAAAGCGGCCUUGCAGGCGGGUAAGUAUCGUCGCACGGCCCGGACCAUCAGACCAACACACAUUGGAACUGCUAGUGGUAAUCUCGAUAUCAGACACUUGGAGCAGAGGAUCGAGUGCUUAUCAACAGCACUUCGCAUUGCUCCUCCAACAACCCUCCAGGAGAUCCUAAACGUCUUCCGCAAAUGUGAAGAGGAGCUCAACGCCGCUGUCAAGGCCGAAGAAGCACAGGAAUCAGCUUGGGACGAUCAAGGGGACAUCCAAGCCAUGCCCGGCGCCUUCAGUAGUAUAGUCCCCGCUGGAGUGGUCAGAAACACGGGUGCAAGGUCCUCACGACAAGCUGAGGAGGCGCCCAUGUCACUCUUUGAUCUGUCCAAAGCGAGCAUGGCGCGAGCGCAGCGCAACUUCUCGGCGCUGGCGAGUUUGCAACGUAGUGAGCAUGCCAGAUCGGAUGAUGUAUACAGCGAAACGGACGAAGCUUCAGGCCAGCCGCGCACGCGGAAGAGAGACCAGCUCAGAGAGGCCGCCGUGGGAACCUUGGCGUCUGGUGUUGGUUGGCUGAUUGGAGCUCAGCCGGCGGCUAGGACAGCGGACAAGGAGUGA